AUGUACAAGUACUUGUUCACCUCCCUCCUCAUAGUUCUUCUUCUCACUUUAACCCCCUCAUCCCAUGCGCACCCCUUGUCUCACCGUAGACAUCCAUCCAAUCACUUCCUCUCCAAGAGACUCGCACUCGCCCUAGCUCAACCUCAGCCCAAUGCUCAUCCAAAUCCACAACCUACCAUCAACGCACCGGCUUUAGGUCCGAAAGACGAUUUACCACCUUGGCGAAAAAGCGACGAUAAUGAUCGUAGAUCGAAUGAUUCCAAUCAUAAGGGAGAUAGUAAGGUAAUGUCUGGGAAUGAGCACGAUACUGAAACUUAUUGA